GGUCCAAAGCCCAAAAAUAGUGAUAGUUGGGCUUACUGCAGGAACCACCACACGCGCCGCACGCUGUCUGUGUGGUGCGUAUUGCAUUGGUUCUCUCUCUCUCUCUCUCUCUCUGAUUAUGGCGGCAGUAACAGUUACAGGCACGGCGCUGCCGAAGACACCAUCGGCGUCUUCAAUCAGGAGUUUCAGUGGUGAAAGGUUUUCGGUUCUGAUAUUUUGGAAGAACAAGAGAAGAAUCUCACUGACCUGUUCUGCAUCCAACAACACAAGCUCUUCUUCAUCUUCAUCUUCUGGAUUGUACUCUGCUCAGAAAUAUGAACUGACGGCAGCAAACGUGGACAUGGUUCUAGAGGACGUUCGGCCUUACCUGAUUUCUGACGGCGGCAACGUGGAAGUGGUUUCUGUGGAAGGCGGUGAGUGCGUUGUGAAGUAUAUUGGACCUGACUCCAUUGCUUCUGGCAUCAAAGCUGCCAUCAAGGAGAGGUUCCCUGACAUUCUCAAUGUCACCUUCCAAGCCUGGGAUUCCCAUCAGUAAGGAAUGAGGAUUUAUCCAUUCACUUCACUGUGCCAAUCAUCAUACUACAUAUACGUUGUAUCAUUAUAUUCUUGGUUUAUGUGCUACAUGUAGUCAUGUACUGCUUGAAUUUUUUUUAUAUAUGUCUUUUUUUUUUUCUUUAUUGUUCUAUUAGUGACACUAAAAAUGUUCAUUCCUCUUGCAUUAAGUUUGGUAUCUAUAGCAUUGUAAACUUCCCUUAAUUAGACUUGUUUUAAUAAUAGCAUUCACAGUAUGUUAGAACUCCA